AUGGCUGACGGCAAAUCCAAAUCCUCUCCCGACCUUCGCGACCUGUCGCCCGAAGUCCGCAAUGCGAGCUCAGACGGCGACGACGAUGCCGUCCUGGCGCAGCUUGGAUACAAGUCUGAGUUUAUCAGAGAAUUUGGCAACCUGGAGACUUUCAGUUUUGCCAUGAGUAUCAUGGGUAUGACUGCCUCUAUCGCCACUACUUUCACAACUCCCCUUUCAUUAGGAGGUGUUGCCUCUGUCGUGUGGUGCUGGUUUGCGGGUUCUAUCAUGAAUAUAUCUUUGGGUGCUUCAAUAGCUGAACUGGUCUCUGCAUACCCUACUGCUGGUGGUGUCUACACUGCUUCAUCUGCUCUGUGCCCACGGCGGUGGAGGCCCCUUGUCGGAUGGGUCACCGGUUACAUGAACACUUUGGGACAAAUUGCUGGUGUUGCUUCAACGGAAUGGGGUCUCUCAGGUAUGAUUCUUGCCGCCGUAGUGGUGUGCCGAGACGAUUAUGAGAUUGUAAACUGGCACCAGUUCCUUCUUUUCAUCGGGCUUCUGGCCAUACACGGUAUCCUGAACUCUCUCCCCACAGCCAGUCUUGCGCGCUUGACUAGAGGUUUCGUCUUCAUCAACAUCGGAGCUGCCAUCGUCAUCGUCAUUACCCUUCUCGCCUGCACCCCUCGAAGUGAAAUGCAUCCUGGGAGCUAUGUAUUUACUGAUGUGUCCAACAACUCUGGUUGGGCCAGUAAUGGGUUGGCGGUGGCUAUGGGACUGCUGUCCGUGCAAUGGACUAUGACGGAUUACGAUGCCGCUGCGCACAUUAGUGAGGAAGUCCACCGGGCUGCCAUCGCUGCUCCCGUGGCCAUCUUUGUAGCCGUCAUCAACACCGGUGCUAUCGGUUGGAUCCUCAACAUCGCUCUCUGCAUCUGUGCCGGCGACGUCGCCCAACUCCCCGGUCCAUCUGGAAAUGCCUUCCUGGGCAUCAUGCAGUUGCGCAUGGGUACGGCCGGUGCUAUGGUCCUCUGGUCAUUCACCUGCCUCGUCGCCACCUUUACCGUCCAAACUGCUCUUCAAGCCAACUCUAGAACCGUAUUCGCGUUUUCCCGGGACGGUGCUUUGCCGGAUAGGGGUCUCUUUGGUAUCGUGAAUGAGAAGACAAAGACACCGAUCUAUGCGGUAUGGCUGGUUGUCGGUAUCAGUGCGUUGAUGGGAUGUCUGUCCUUUGCGAGUUUGACGGCUGUGAAUGCUGUCUUCUCUAUGUGCGCUGUCGCCAUGGAUUUGUCUUAUAUCAUCCCGGUCAUCUGCCGAAGAGUCUUCGAAGGCCACCCCGAAGUUCAAUUCAAGCCUGGACCUUUCUACAUGGGCAAAUGGGGCUACCCUGUCAACAUCAUCAUGGUUCUCUGGACUCUGUUUGAAGUCACCAUCCUCUGCUUCCCCGAGACCUUCCCCCUCACAUGGGACACCUUCAACUACGCCGCCCCAAUUACCAUGGCCGUCAUGGCCCUCUCGCUCGUGUGGUACAUUGCCGCCGGCAGAAAAUGGUACGAAGGUCCAAGGAGCAAUCUUGAAGAGACCGAGACCGAACAAGCCUUCAAGCCUCAGCCUUUCGACGCUUAA